AUAAAAUUAUUGUGGGCAGUUAUAUGGGAUAUCUCCGAAUCUUUAAUCCACAUCCUGUGAAACCUGGAGAUGGAGUACAACCUGAAGACUUGCUCUUGGAAGUGCAGUUACGAGAACCAAUAUUGCAGGUGGAAGUAGGAAAAUUUGUUUCUGGUACUGAAGGACUUCAUCUGGCUGUGUUGCAUUGCCGAAAACUCUGUGUAUAUGCUGUCUCAGGAACUCUGGGAAAUGUGGAACAUGGGAACCAGUAUCAGAUUAAACUGAUGUAUGAGCACAAUCUUCAGAGAACUGCUUGUAAUAUGACUUAUGGUCCAUUUGGUGGUGUAAAAGGUAAGCUCCUUGUUGCAUAUUCUUUAUUAUUAGUUGUUUAA